GUGAUAAUGAAAGUGAUUUGAAAAACGCAGCACACGGCAUGCGGAAAGUCUUCAAGUCUCCACUUCAGUAUGUCUGCCUGGAGAAUUUGUGUUCUGAUAACCUGGUGCUCCCUGCAGCGGCUCCAAGGUCAAAUGCAACUGCCCCCACCUCAGAAUGUGACGCUGCUGUCGAAGGAUUUUGAUAUCAUUUUGACAUGGCUCCCUGGGGAAGGGUCCCCACCAGACGUGGUGUAUAUGGUGAAAUACAAAAGCUGGGGAGACAGAAAUCACUUGAAAAAGGUCGCACACUGCAAAAAUAUUUCUGAAACCAUCUGCAAUCUGACUUGUGUGCUGUCAGACUCAUUCACAAAAUACAGGACCCGAGUAAAAGCCCUGUCGGCUGGACGCCAGUCCUCCUGGGCAGAGUCAGGAUACAUCGAACAUCUUUUUGAUGUGGAGCUGGCUCCUCCGGUCCUGGGAGUGAAAGUAAAGGAAAACUUAAUGACUGUCAAUGCCACUUUCCCCCUGGCCUCCUGCCUGAAGAAUAAGUUUCAAACCCUGCAGUACGACUUGGAGUUCUGGGAAGCUGGAUCCAAUGACAAGAAGCAGUACAAGGGCAAGAGGAAGUUGCAAAACGUGGAGAUCAACACCACGGCAUUCAGUGGCAAUUACUGCCUGAGUGCUCGGACUUCUUUCGAAGUCAUUGACCUGAAACACAGCGAGUUCUCCAGGCCAGUGUGUGUGCUGUUGAACCCCAAAGGAGUGGACUGGAAACUCCUGCUUGUCAUUGUUGUCCCCUUGUUCCUCCUCCUUCUUGCCAGUGGUUUCCUCAACUGUUUGUGCAAAGAACUUGCUAAAAGCGUGAAGACACCUCAAGCUUUGGAUUUUUCCUAUCUGAGGCCUCUGCCAUUGGUUCUUGAGAAGAAGCCUAAUGAGGAAGAAUUCUUCGUGGAGGAGCUCCUUAUAUCCACACUAAAGCUGGAGUUGCAGAAGAGGAGGAACAAUCCCUCAGCCAGAAACAACGUAUCACCAGCCGCUUCUCUCCUUUCCUUGUCGGAGGAGGAGGAGGACGACAGCAGUUUCACACCCUACAUUGAAAAGCCUUGGUUCCCAAAGAGAGGCCCAAACUGCCGAGCGCCCGGUGUGAGUCAGAAAGGGUUGGAGUCGAGCUCUGAAUCAGGAGUCUCCCAGCUGGACGGAGGGUCUGUGCCCAACCUUGCAGGGUGUGGGUUCUCUCGCCGUGACUGGAGGGAGACUGAGGAGGACACCUCGGGGUUCCAAGACAGCGAGAAAACCUCCCUUUCAGACUGCUCCUCCUUGGGACGCUCCAGACGUCCAACGGACGGAUACGAGCAGCGUAAUGUGGACGUGGACAGGUGCCAACAAGAGGCCUUCCUUCAGGUGACUGUGCCGACAGAGGGUCUUCGUUUUAACCCUUUCUCUGAGGACCCACAUCUCCCCGCAAGGGGCCACUUUGACCCUGACCCAGAGAGGCUUCCCUUCCCUGAGCACAUAGCUUCCUUGAAAGUACGAGUCUCUGAGGACUCCAGUGAGCUCCCUCCCCAGGACGUCACCCUUCAGACUUUACAGUUUGCAGAGGACGAGGACAUUUCAAGUGACUGUGACAGCGAGACAGACUUUCUGGCCAUGCACUCAGCAGGAGGAACGCCACCUCCGGCCACCAUGUUAAGGGAGACUUUUGAAGCUGGGACAUGGGGAAAGCAUGGGACCGUGGAGGAAAAGAACUACCAAAAGCUUAAAUUCCAGGGCUAUCAGCAGGUGAAUUAUAUGUCAAGAAACUGAUGGCAUCACGGGGAGGAAUGAAAGCCUGUGCCUGUGCCUGUGCCUGUUUGUGCAUCACUACCCAGACAGGGUAGCUUCUAUUAAUGUCUGUUCUCUCAGGUGCUACAGCUCCAAUUGCAAAAAAGGUGUGCUUUCACUGCAGGUAGCUAACACCCACUCACCAUCCUGCUGCAGAAACCCUGUGGCCAUAAGGCACUGUGAUUGUACUGCAGGUCAAAU